AUGUUUUCCACCACCGUCGCGAAUGAGGGCGGCCCAGCGACCGCCACCCGCUCGCGCCGUCGCCAACGUCCCAAGUCCCAGGAGAGCCUCGUGCCACAGCCCAAGGCGAAGCGCCAGCGCCUGCCGCUCUCGGAGCAAACCUUUCUCAACCCCGAGCAGCCUACUGUCGAGGCUCUGGUCGUCGAGAAGCGCGCCCCGGUCCAGCCCGUUGACGAUGCUGGCAUCGAAAACAUCAACCCCCUGCCGCGCAAGGAAUUACACGUCCGCACAAAAAAGUCGAAACACGCGGAGAGAGCUGCGUCAAAGGGAGAUGGUAGUGUCGUAUUGACCAGCACCAAUGCCUACAUCGUUAGCAAGCUACCUGCGAUUCCGGAUAGAAUCCGUGCAGACUGGGCCGUCAAGCAACAUGCCGAUGUCUCGUCUGCCUUCGGAUACGCGUUAACACUCACGCAAACAAGCGCCCUUGUCUGGCCAUACAAUUCGACAUCGCAAUCCCCCGAGACUUUCACAUUUACCCUGCCGACGCCAGGCAGAUCUAGUGACCCCCUCCCCGUCGGAUCCUUCGUCUCCCCAUCAGCCUCCUCCACAGAACCUGGACUGGUUGUUGUUACCGCCAGCAGCGGCAAAGUCGUCUUUUGGGAAUCCAUCUCUAGCGCCGCUACAUUUGCCUUCAUCAAGAAGGACCGAUCCGGAGUCGAGCACAAUAUUUCGGGCAUGUCCCAUGGAGAAAAAGUCACCUCCAUCAUAAACGCGGAGUCUGCGGGCUUCAUCAUCACGUUCAACUCAGGUCGUCUAGCCUACAUGAGUGUUCGUGACAACCACGGUCGACCCGCCAUCUCUGUACAGUUUCUACGUUCAAAUCUUGCCAGCUCCGGUGGUGGCAUUUUUGGCAGUAUUCGUCAUGCCUUCUCCAACCUGUCAUUGCGCGGCGAAAUUGCCGCUGUGCGCGCCGAUCGAUCAGCGCGCGUAGGCGAGCGCAAUAUUGUAGCGCUCACCACAAAGUGCAAGCUUCAGGCUUGGAAGAUUCACCGCGGCGGUCAUAAUGAGCACAUUGGCGAGGCCGAGAUGCGCGAUUCCAUAUACUCAGCCCUCGACGAAGCCGACCCAUACACAAAAGACUUUGCGCCCGACUCCUUGGAGGCUCUCGACUUUACCUUUGUCCCCAAGGGCCUCGAGCACAAGUACCUCGAGCUGAGCAGGCUGAGUGAUGCCAUGGCUACAGACGACGCUUCUGUUCAACACCUGCUGCUCCUUGUCUCUCUAACCCGCAAGAGCGUUGCGCGCUACUCGCUCGUCGAGGUCAUUCUCAAAGCAAACUCGUGCAAGGUUGGCGUGACACGUCCAAUCACCUCAUAUUCCACGCCCUUGCCACGAGCCGCUGGUGAAGCAUCCUCUCCCCCCCGGCUGUACCUCCCCCGACCCGCUCUCGUUGCAUUUGUUGUCUUUGAGAGAGCUACCGUCAUGGCCUCUAUCGCAAUUCCACCCGAAUCCCCAGACUCACAACUCCAAACCGACAACCACAUCCUACCCCCUUCAUUCGAGGAUGUGAUUGACUUCCGUGAAGACGAUAUUCACGAAAUCGUCGGAUCUGGCUUUGAGGAAAUGGCGUCAGUAACACAAGAAGACAACCGCAUCCUCCGUCAACGGACGACAAGAAAUCCGGCAGUCUUGCUCAUGGUUCGCGGUGCUGGUGUCAUCCGCAUCAUUACCACCGACAUUGACAAGUUCGCCAGCGAGCAAGCCCCUCAAGUCUCGGCGAAGAGCAAACUUGAGCAGACUGUAUUUUUCGGCUCGCGAAAGGAAAGCCCGCUCGUUUUUGAUGGACGACGCGAGGCUUCCUUCACAGGCACAGAGCUUUCUGCAGCUGCACUCAAAGUCAGCCAGGAGAUCCUCAGCUCUACAACCACAUACAUGCCGACUUUACCUGCUUCCCUGGAAGACAACCUUCGAGAACGCUCAGGUGCCCUAGACCGCUUAAUACGACAUCUCCAGUCCAUGGGAGCCGAUGUAGACCGGAAAACACGAUGGACCCUACUCCACAAUGCGGAGAAGAUGCAUGUUGCCACUCUGCUUUGGAAACGCCACGAAGCUUUUACAGUUGCGCGGCCGGCUGAUGAUAAGAAGAGUCUGGUUGUAUCCAUCGUGGAGUUCAUCCACGAGGGUCAGAAAUCAAACCCAGUGGCUGCUGCCGGUGAAGUCGAUGCCGUCCGUCAUUGGUUCAUCAAUGACGUGUUCCGGCUGGACCUCUUCGUGGCUUGGGCGUAUGAGGUCAUCAAGACUCUGUAUCGGCUCUCGAUACUCGACGAUGCCAAAAUCACCAUGUUGAUGAACGAGGCAAUUCAAGUCAAUGUCGUUGCACACUUUGGUGCUUUGGAAUUCAGAAAAGAAAACCUGAAGCUUUACGGCCUCGCUGACGAGAGAAUGAGUCUCGGCAUCCUAAGAGAAGGCUAUGAGGGCAUGCCAGCGCCAUGGACGGGCUCUCAAUUCAUCGCAAACAAUGCCAAGCGUCUUCUCGAUCUUUCUGACCAAUGGUACAAGAAGCACCAGUCAAUAGCUGCAGAAGCAGCGCAAGGAGAUGGCACGCCUGACCCAGCAAUCCUGAAAAAUAUUUUUAAUGAGCUCCCUUCGCUGACUGACGCGGCGCUGACGUCGGUCCUUGAAUAUGCUCGCUGGGCAGCCACAUCUCAAGACGAAAAAGUCAAGGAAUUGGCCCAAACAUUUUCCACGGUCUAUGCUACCGACCGAUUCGAGAAACCCGUUUUCUUGGCUAGAGCUGGAAAAUGGGAAGAAGGUGCACUGCUCGCAGAGAAACAUCAAUCUCUGCACGGCCUUGCUGUGAUUCUGCUGGACCAUGUCGACUACCUGGAGGGGAAGUUGGCGCAAGAGGGCAUACCGCCUGUCGAAGAGAAGGCUUUGAGGGCACUUCGCGAAGGGAAAAAGACGCAACUUGAAGAUAGGUUCAGCCGCUAUGGCAAAGACUUUGCUUUCCCCAUUUACGAAUUCCUCCUCGAGAAGCACGGCGUCGAGUCGGUUCUGAACUUCGAGCUUGAGACGCUCGGAUUCAAGACUCAGUUCUUGCGCAGCAGACCCGAACUCGCCCGCAUUUCAUGGAUCCAUGAUAUUGACCAGGAAAAGGAUGUCGACCAUGCUGCCGACACGCUUGUCAGCCUAGCCCUCACCAAAGAGCAGCAAGCCUGGAACAAGAGAGUUGAGCUAAGCCUUGGCAAGCUUGCCCUGCUAGCAGAAGCUGAAGUGAACCAAGAGCAGCCCAACGGCAUAAAGGUCUCCUUCGACGAAUCGCGUCAAGAGCGUCAACUUGCGAAGGUUGAUAAGGAACUCAUCACGCUUAAGAUUCAAGAUGAGCUCUACAAUCAAAUUUUUGCCACUACCUACGAUGCUGUGGACGAAGCCGCCGCGCUCAACUUUGCCAUGGAGGCGCACAGCACCAACAUCCCUCGUCGGCAAAAAGCCCUGCUGCAGGUCUUUGAGGAUGGCAUGGAGCGACUGCUCAAGCACGAAGCCCUCGACGCCAUGACCCUCAUUGACCUCCUUACACUCGUUUCCCUCAAACCAGAGCAGAAAGUUGACAUUGCGCACCCGUUCUGGAUGGCGCUCAAGGUGGCAGAGAAUAGCUGCCACGCCGACGAGGUCAAGGAGGCGAAGCGGCUCAUCUGGCGGCGACUCUUCAUCCGCGACGACUGGGCCCACAUGAAUGACACGCAGCUCAAGAAUGAUCGCGAGGUGGUGGCGCAGCUGGCCAAUACGGAGCUAUUCGCGGUCUUCAUCGACUGUGUGCGCUUCCAGGACCCGCGCGACCCCUUUCGCCCUAUGAGCGCGCAAGAGGCGCUCGGUGCCUUCACAGAGGAGCUGGACCGUCGCUUCCGCGAGCUCGGCCCCGAGUUCCACGCCAAGCUACUCGACGCCAUGGGGUGGGAGGACAAGGCGCUCAAGCAAAACGUGGACAAGCAUCGCCUGGCCGACUGGCUGCGCACAUGUCUGGCGCAAGCCCAGGCCGAAGUCCAGCAGCACACCGACGAAGCGGCCUUGAUCACGCAGCAGGACCCGCCUGUCGAAGAGAUUUUACUGGACGAGGUCGCGAACGGUCAUGUCCCGGGCAGCUUCUAG